AUGGCACUGGACAUCUUUGCGCAGACAUGCCCCUUCCUCGUCGAACCGUUGGACCGCGACGACACGUCGAUGUCCAGCGACUACCCGCCCCGCCUACUCUUCCCAGCGUCAUACCGCACCGCGUCGGAUGAUUUGGCUGCUUCCACCUGGGACAUCGCGGCAUGCGUUCAGAGGGAAUUCAACUUGCACAGGCUCCAGAUCAUCUUUAGCUGGCUGUGGAUCGUCGGUCGCCCGAUGCCGCCGCGUCCGCUGCACCAUCAGCUCCUCCUCUCGCGGGACAUAUUCAUCACGGAGCGAAUGGACAUGCAUCUUGUCUGGACCGCCGGCCGCAUAUUUAUCAAACCGAUUCCGCGCUUCCUCCUUGUGCCGCGCUUCUGGUCCGACCACCUCUCCUGUCUGCCGGGUUGCACCUGCGCUUGCGUGCUAGCUAGCGCGACUGGAUAUCCACCUGGGGGCGAUGGUUCAUGCGACCGUAGGAGGUUGUGGAAGUCAGCACUCGGGUUCCUGUUCUCCUAUGCCGCCCUGGUCUCGCAUGAGAGCGACUUUCUCAUCGCCCGGGAUAAACAAUUGAUACCCACGGAGGUAACCUGGUCGGACUGGACGAUCCUUGUUGAGCAGGUCCUCGCUACGGACCAUAUAUACCACAACAUCCACGCGCGAUUCAUCUACGGUGAGCUCUGUCUGAGUCGGCUCAACAAAAUAUACAGCCUCACCCAGCCACCGUUCCUGCGCGGUUACAUGUCGCAGUGGCAUCGAUAUGGCGACUUCUUCCAAGACAACCUCUCCUGGCUGGCUGCUGCUACGGUCUAUAUAGUCGUCGUCCUGACAGCCUUGCAGGUUGGCCUGGCGACUAACUCCCUCGCUGGAAAGCACGUCUUCCAAUCGGCGUCGUAUGGAUUUGUUGUCUUCUCCAUUCUUGGCCCCCUCGUCGCCCUUGGCCUCAUCAUCCUUGAGUUCUGCUGUAUAUUUCUGAAUAACUGGAUCGUUUCAGUGGCGUACAGAAAAAAAAGGUUCCAGAUCAUCCAGGCAGCGUAA